GGACCUACAAAAGCUUCUUCUAAUGGAAUUAAUGAGCCCUCACCCCCGAGGAACACAACCCUGCAGCCUCACAUGCCAAGGAGAGACACACAGACAGCAGCGCACUCAAAUACACGGGACACAGGAUGACCCUCCGUGAGGAGCUACGAAGUCGUCAGUUCUGGCGGGCAUUGCUGGCAGAGAUUCUGGGUUCCCUGGUCUUUGUGUCGGCAGUGCUGGGUUCCUCUGUGCCUGGGCCUGGCGAUGUUGCUCCAGGACCACUGUACCCUGCCCUGGCAGGAGGCAUGGUGGCUGUUGGACUUGCUCACUGUUUUGGAGAAAUCAGCGGGGCACAGGUGAAUCCCGCUGUCACUCUGGCAUUCUUGGCAACACGUCGGCUGGACCUGCUAAGGGCCGUCGCCUACAUCCUCAGCCAGUGCCUGGGCGCCACGGUAGGGGCUGCUAUCCUCUACGUGCUUCUGCCCCUGGAGUCUGCAGCGGAAUGCUACCCCAGCAAGGUAUCUUCAGAUGGAAACGCAGGCCAGGCUCUGGGGAUGGAAGUCCUGGCCACGUUCCAGCUGGUCUUCACCAUCUUCUCUGUGGAGGACCAGCGGAGACGGGAGGGGAGUGAGCCCGGGAACCUGGCCAUUGGCUUCUCCCUCAGUGCCGGUGUCCUUACUGCGGGCCGUUUUUCUGGAGGUAGCAUGAAUCCAGCCAGGUCUUUGGGUCCCGCCAUCAUCACAGGAUUCUGGGAGCAUCACUGGGUGUACUGGAUUGGUCCAGCUCUUGGGUCGGUGCUGGCCGGCGUGUCCCACGAGUUCCUUUUCACACCCAGCGCCUCCCGUCAGAAGCUGGUCGCUUGCCUGACCUGCAAAGACAUUGAGAUCAUGGAGGCGGCCAGUGUAUCCCGCUCGUCCUUGUCCACCGUCACCCAGGCGGCCAUGAGGGCCAAGCAGGCCAAUAAGCACGACCACAGCUAAAUGGGUACCACAGGCAAGAGGUCAUCGCAGUUUAUAGCAUUGUGCAGGUCUACCACAGCAAGACAAAAGCAAUGGAUUGAUGUGGGGAUGACCGUUAUAAGUUAAUGUCAUAAAGGUCACCUUCAUAAUCUAUCAUAGAAACUUUUAUGAGUGCUUUUUCCUACUAUCUGGUAAAACAUAUUCUAAUGUUUAGGGUACUGGACGAGUUGAUGUAUUUGCCAAUGAAAAUAAAGCAAGAAGCAGCUGAGAGACUGAUCAUGCUAAAAACAGUAAAUGGGACCAGUGCAAAUACUUGCACUCUAAAUUAUUUAUAUUUUCACUUUAUGCCGAAAAACAGGUUAUUCUGGGCAAAAUGCAUUACUGCAGCCAAUAAGACUUCUGACAAAUUUAUAAUCAAAGGAGGCCCAACAUCUAAAGAAUUGCAAAUGAAUCACAAGGGUAGCUGUUGGACACCCAAUAAAGCCUUUGUGCUGCUAGAAUUCAGAAAUAAAUCUGAGACAUCAUCCACAAAAUGCUGCUCAGUGGGCUUUUAGGUCUUUAAGUUCACACUCAUGUUAAUGGAGACUGAUGGCAAGGACACCCAAAACGUCCGUCAGGAUGGCAUAAUGAAAUACUUCGGACAUCAUUCCUCUCUGAGCCGCCACCUCCAGAGGGUCAAGAUUCUACCCAAUGGGAAGCAUCUCUUUGCACUUGUAUGUUAAUUAAAAAUGACAAUGUUUUAUGGGUAAUUGCAUUAAAUUUGCCGUCUGACUCCAAGGGUGCUGGAGGGGCACGGACACCGUAGCAGAUUUGGGGGGAGCAGUAGCUUCAGUUAGUCUCAGUUGGCAAAAUGCAUGGAAGGGAAACCCCAAGGUCUUAAAAAUCUACUGAGCGGGGAAUGUGGGGGGCCAAAGGUGACAUUUUACCAGGGAGUCUAGAAUUUUUAUCUACACCCCUAUUUGACUCCUUCCAUUGAAAGGAAUAAUCUCCGUUCAUGUCGUUCCUACAGAGAAGAGGGAAAAUAUUGGUCAUUAGCUGUGAUGAAUGCAGUAAUAAUUGUGAGAUGUUAGUUAUAUCUCCAGCGGUUGUUGUCCUGUUUUGGGUAUAAACAUGUAAGGUUUUUCAUAUAGCUGUUUUUACUUCUGUCAUACUUGAGAGAGCGAUGUCCAAAGUCUUAGUCCUACCCAGGAUCAUGAAGCAAGCGAGCCAGAGGUCUCUAGACUUAAUGGAUCAUUGAAAGACCAUCCAUACCAAGCGCAACGGAAAUAAAAACAGAAAUUUGA